UGCCAAGCAGCUCUCUCCUCUCUUCUUUUUGUUCGCUCGGUUUUGGUGGGUUCUGCUCACCAGCCACUCCCUCAGUACAAAAGCCCCAGUGAUGCAGGGACAGAGAACACUAGAAACAAAGCAUAGCUGAUCGUAUCACGCAUCGAUGCCCAAGCAUACAGCUGAAGAUAACCUCCUCUCAUCUCUCAGACUCACAACACAGCUGCACAAGCACAACACUUGCUCAAUUAGCUAGCUAGUGAAGAAAGGAGCAGUGUUCUCUUUGCUUUGCUUUGCUUUAGUUUGCUUCAAGAAGCUAGGCUUGGCUAGCUAGCUCAAGCUGAAGGAGAGCACGCCAUGAGAACCAUUACAGCAAGAAACCCCCAUGAUUCCCUCUCCUUCUCUAGGAGGCACUUCAAGUGGCCGGUUCUUGGCAAGAGCUACAGCCAUGGCGCCACGAGAUCAGAGGACGAGGACUAUAUGAAGAGCUCGGAAGCUGAGGAGGAGGACGAGGCGACAAUGGCAUUCUCCUCUGUUUGUCCGUCGUUCCAUUCCGAGGAGUUCGUUUCUCCUCCGAAGAAGCCGCCGCGGCAUCAGCAGCAGCAGCCGCAGCCACCGCAGCAGCGGAGGAAGGGCCGUACGGCCGUGUCGCGUCUGCGCUCGGCGCUGGCGGCGGCUGUGACCGGCCGGCACCGGCAGGUCGGCCUCGGCGCGCGGCUCACCGGCACGCUCUACGGCCACCGGCGCGGGCACGUGCACCUCGCGUUCCAGCUCGACCCGCGCGCGUGCCCGGCGCUGCUGCUUGAGCUCGCGGCGCCCACGGCCGCGCUGGUGCGCGAGAUGGCCUCGGGCCUGGUGCGCAUCGCGCUCGAGUGCGAGCGCGCCAAGGGCGGCCCGGGCGCCGCCCCCGUCCUGCCCACCGCGACGGCCGCCCCCAGCGGCGGGAAGAGGCUGCUAGAAGAGACGGUGUGGCGCGCGUACUGCAACGGCAAGAGCUGCGGGUACGCGGUGCGGCGCGAGUGCGGCGCCGCCGACUGGCGCGUGCUGCGCGCCCUGGAGCCGGUCUCCAUGGGCGCCGGCGUCAUACCCGCAGCGAGCUGCGGCGGCAGCGAGGGCGACGUCAUGUACAUGCGCGCGCGGUUCGAGCGGGUGGUGGGCUCGCGCGACUCCGAGGCAUUCUACAUGAUGAACCCGGACAGCAGCAGCAGCAGCAGCAACAGCGGCGGUCCUGAGCUCAGCGUCUACCUCCUCCGGGUUUAAUGGAAUCAUGUCUGAAUUUUUUCUCUUUCUCUGCUUCCUUCCUUCUUCUUGCUCGUGUCAUGCCGCGGAAAACUGGAAAUGAAUUAGGCAGGUGCUGUUUAGACUUUGUCAUUAGCUAGACGAGAGUGGCAAUUAAUACUUGUGUGUGUGUUCAUGGUGGCUAAGUGUGGAUGAUGCAUAGUGUUAAUUAAUUAGGUCAUGGGGGGAAGGGAGUCAUCAUGCUGUUGUCAGAUUGUUAAUGACUCAAUAGAUGAAUAGUGUGCUCUAGUAAACCAAAGUACCUUGUCCGGUCUGGUUCUGGAUGCAAGCCGUAGAAUAGUGGUACAUUUGCUACGUUUAUUGUAAUAAAUCAAUAAAGUUAUUGUUCCCUUAUAGUUUUGUACUCUGAUAUGCAUGACGUUUAGA